AUGCAUGUCCUUAUUAUCGGCGGUAGUGGUAGGACGGGAAAAUUGGUCAUUGCAGAGCUGCUGCGACGAGGUCAUGAGGUUACAGCUCUUGUCCGAGAUCCUCACUCGGUGAAAAACUUCGACCGAUUGAAAAUUGUUCAAGGAACACCCACGGAGAUCGCAGAUGUGCGAAAGGCUAUCAGUUCGCCUGUCCCCGACGCAGUGAUCGUCACCCUGAACGCCCCUCGCGCGACGGACAGUCCCUUCGCCGCGCCGAUUGCCCCGCCACGGUUGAUGGCAGACAGCAACGCAAAUUUGGUCAAGGCGAUGAAGGAGUAUGGCAUUCUGAAGCUGGUUAUUCUGCAGGCAUUUGGCGUGGGAGCAUCGUGGGCCCACAUGUCCUGGUUGUUACGCGGGCUGAUGAGCAAGUCCAACAUGCGCUACCAGUAUGAUGACCAUAACCAGACCGACCAGGAAGUCCGGGCGAGUGGCGUCACAUAUGUGCUGGUCCGGCCCGCCCGAUUAGUCGAGAACGAGGUCACAGCCAUCCGUGAAUGGCCUCAUGAUGGCCAGGGCGUGCCAUUGAUGGCCAGCGCCAGCCGCAAUAGUGUGGCUUGCUUUUUGGUGGAUGCGGCGAUCCAGACCAAGUGGGACAACACGACUCCUGUCAUCACAAACUAG